UAAUUUGUAAAUGAUAAAUAAUAAAUAAAAAUUUUUUUUUAAUUUAUUAAAUUAUUUUAUUGGAGUACAGAUGGCACACAGCCGAGAAAUUUCAAGUACAGGUUUUGUUUUUGCCGAAUAAAAUAUUAAAUAAAAAAAUAUUGAAUAGAGAUUUUUAAAAGCGCACCAUCACUUCUAAUUAAAUAUAUCAUUGAGUCGAGAUAUCAUCGAGUACACUUGGUACUGAGUGAACAACGUUGAUUAAAGUGAUUAAAGUUUUUUUUUAAGUUAAAUUAUUUUAGUAGAGUACAGGAAGUCGCAGAGUAAUCUGGAGGACAGCUGUGUUACUACCUUCAAAUCAAUUUUAUUUAUGCUCUAAUGUUUGACCCAUCUUAAUAUGAAUUCUAAUAUUUAUUAAAAUGAACUUUCUAUUUGAAUUUUCCCGGAUGAAAAAAAUGGCGGUACAUUCUGGGGGAAAAAGUGAUUUGAAAUUUAAACACACUAUAGGUGGAUAUUAAAUGUCAUGUAGGUCAUGCAACAACAAUCAACAUAACCUAGGAUGAAUUGACUGUUUCUUUUUUUAAUUAAAAAGUUUGAUAUUUAUCUAUGGUUAAAGACAUAUUCUAUGCUUAAAAUAAUGUAAAAGCUUCUGUUCACGCUAAAUGCUCAGAUAAUUUAAUACUAACGCUAAUUCUUCAGAUAAUUUAUCUCAAGUGCCAGUCACGCUAAAUUACCGCUGUAGUCACGAUAGUGUCCGAAUAGCCUUACCGUAUUCCAAAACAUGUUCACGAUAAACAGGUUUUAUUGGAUGGGUUAUUUUUUGCAAUCUUUCAAGGACAAAAGAAACUUUGACAAUAUUUCUUGAAAUUAUGGAAGUAACAUAUCCGCUGUACUUAAAAAAUAAUUGUCAAUCUGUUAUUUAUAAAUAUUUAAUACUUUCAAGUGCCUAUUUAAAAGUAUUAAAUAUAGUAUAUGAACGAAAAAUAUAAUUUCCUUUCAAUUUUCAUUUAUAAUUAUGCCAUAAUUAUAGAUUAAAAAAAUGUUUUUUUAUCUCCGUAAUCGUAGUGUGAGAAUCAUCAUACUUGGUUUCGUAAUUCUCAGUAUUUACAUGUACUAUCGUACUACUGUGGAUUCGUACAAUAAUUUCAUCGAAUUUGUAAAUACAAGUAAUUUCUCAUCUAAUCACGAAUUACAAUUUGAUAAUGUCACUGUGGAAUUAUCAUUUAUGUUAUUACAAAAAAAUACAAGUUUUGAACAUCCAGUUACUAAGUCAAGUAUAUCACACAGUGCAAAUAAUUUAUCAAUUUCUACGUCAGCAUCGCCACAAUCAAUACUAUUGAUAAAUAAUUCUAUUAGCCUGCAAGUAAACAAUAGUAACAUUACUUCAGAUUUACCCUUAAAAUUAUUAGUUACAAAUUCAAGUUUUGCAACAUUGAUCCAUGAUGACACCGCACGUGCUAUUUAUCAAGGUGGUCAUGACGUAACAGUGCCUGAAAAAUGUCCAAUGAAUGGUAAAAAUAUGAAUCUAGUCAUAGUUGUUACUUCUGCACCAUCUCAUAUUGAAGCCAGAACAGCUAUUAGACAGACGUGGGGACAUUUCGGUCAGAGAACCGAUGUUAGUAUAGUUUUUAUUCUUGGAACGACUAAUGAUCAUAAAUUGGAGAAACUUCUUCAAUACGAACAAAAACUUUAUGCAGAUAUAAUACGAGGCAGAUUUAUUGAUUCUUAUAAUAACUUAACAUUAAAAACAAUAUCAUCUCUGGAGUGGAAAGAUACAUUUUGUUUAGAUGCUAAAUUUCUACUUAAAACAGAUGAUGAUAUGUUUAUUAAUGUACCAAGACUGUUAUCAUUUAUAAAAGCACAUGAUACAGAAACAAAUGUGAUAUAUGGAAGAUUAGCAAAAAAUUGGAAACCAAUUAGGAAUAAAAAAAGUAAAUAUUACGUUUCAUUAGAACAAUUUAAGCAAAAAGUAUUUCCGGAUUUUACAACAGGGCCAGCAUAUCUAUUAUCAAAAGACGUUGUUCAUAAACUUUAUGAAGCUGCGUUAAAUCAAACUUAUUUAAAGCUUGAAGACGUAUUUACAACUGGUAUUGUUGCUCAUAAAAUUGGUAUUAAGCGUAUUCAUGUUAGUGAAUUUUUAAAUAAAAAAAUCUCAUACAAUCCGUGUAAUGUCCAACGUGGGAUAAGUAUACAUAUGGUUAAAUAUGGUGAACAAUUUGAUCUUUGGAAAAAAUUAUUAGAUGGUAAGAGUAAAUGUAAAUUAUAAAACAAAACAUCCAAUUAUUAACUUGAAUUUUUUACUGAAAAAAGUAUUCAAUCUCGAAUUAAACAUUUUAUAGGAAAGAUACAAUUAAUUACCAAUUCCUCAACGAUUUUCGUAUUUUGAGAUUAUUAUUGUUAAAUAACAACGAGAUAUUUUUUAUGUUUCACUUAAUUUGAAAAAUAAAGAUAAUUAAAAAUCUGUUCAACAUGGCAUUUAAGUAAUUUUAGUUUUAAAGCUUGAUCUUAGGGCUUCAUUGUCACAAAAUAAAUCAUAAUUUUUGUUAUAAUUAUAUCUUACGAAUAAGUUAAUUACUGUUAUAAUCAUAAAUUGUGGAGAAUCUCUUAACAUUCAUGUCAGUAUAUUAUUUACACUCACAAAGUGUUUUUACAAUCAUACUUUCACAUUAAUUUCAGAAUAAAAUUACGUCAUUUUUUAUUUAUCAUUAUUAUCAUUCCGUUGAAUUAUUUCAAGUACAUCUCUGACGAUAUUCUUAUUAGUUUGCCGACAUCAAUAAGCUAUUUUCUUUUUAAGAAAUUGUAAAUACUCAAUUUUGAUCUUUAACUUAAUUUAACAAGCGUAAAUUUUAUACUGUUCUGUAAAGUACUGCUUGACAGAUUAUGCAUGAUAACGUAAUGUACUAUUAUUAUUA